AUGCAAUGGCUAUUAACAACUAUGAAAAUAACCCUGGCAGAGUUAGGCUCAGAUGCGCGUUCUAAACUGCGUCGACACGAAGCAUCCACUUUACGAAGCCAAGAGCCUCCUAAUGAUGUAGUAGACCCUGAAGCCCCUGAAGCUCAUGAGGAAGCCAAUGGCCCAUUAAAGAGUGCUCAUGCUAGGGCUAGUUUUUUGGAAAAGCUUUAUAAAGACCAUCUGGAACGGGUUAUGGACGACGAAGAUGAUGACAUGCAGAUUGAGUACCAUUGGACUUGCGCAUUGAGGUGUUACCUCUUUUUCUUGGUUGACAAUUCCAUUUUUAUGGACAAGAGUGCAACCUAUGUUGAUGUGGUCUAUGUUAAGUACUUCAUUGAACUGAUUGUGAUUCACAAUUAUAAUUAA